AAGCGUCGCGCGUUGAAUGUGUGGUGCAGGUGUGCCGAGCAUACUCUGAAUGGCUUCUUCGCUGGCCGUGUGGCUCAUCAGCUGCUCUUGUCUGCUGAACUGCUGCACUGGCCAGAAACUGGAGGGGAUCGUCGCCCCGUCUCCAGCGCCAGCACCUGCUGUUCCUGCUCCUGUCCACCGCGCCGCCAGCAUCAUGCUCGAGCCACCAGCGGCUUGGCUGGCGCGAGGUCCUAUAUGGAAUCCAGGCUCGGAAACAUCACCCGCAGCCGUCUGGGUGCCACACACGGCGCUCUUAACUGGGCCGACACCGGGUCCCGCGCGGGCUCCAGCAGUGACACCAGCGGAAACGGCGUCUCUGACGCGCGUGCGACGCGUGCAGACCUCGACUGUGUACACCGUCAGCUGGCGUCCGGCCGCAGCGGUUCACGCGCGCCAUUGGAGCGGGCCUCCUGCGAGGACGGCUGGACCGGCACUGGCUCGGCCGGUCGCGAACGUCCCACACCGCGUCGCGCCGCCGGCACGUGACGGUCACCUGAUCAGCAGCGACGCGGCGCUCCCUGCGCCGCGGAGGCAGCGCGGCAGAGCGUCGGCCGCCGAGAGAGAUGAGCCUCCAAUCGCGCCAGUGACGGCGGUGCCCGUCCUCGAGUCUUCGCUGAGCGGGCCGGCCGCCAAGAGCGACGAGCCUCCACUCGCGCCAGUGACGGCGGUGCCCGUCAUCGAGUCUUCGCUGAGCGUGUCGCCCCGCCGCGCUGUCGGAGCAGCGACCCCGGGGACGCCAGAGGACGAGUCAAGCCCAAUGGCCGCGACGUGGGGUGCGCCGUCCGCGCCCGUGCUAUUUCAGAGGACUGGCAGAAGUCUCAUCCCCGACGCGCUUACUCCUCCCUCAGCUCUUUCUCCCUUGGAAAACGAAGAAUCGAGUUUCGGACAACGCCUGGCGGAAACCGUCGCCGGCACAUCGAAGGUUGAUACGUUGGUCAAUCGCAGCACCGAAGUCUCUCAAAGCCGCGCAUCUGCCCGUGUAGCAGUGAAUGUCACUGAUCGCGCCACUGAUGACCUUUCGGUCCGAGCUGGAGGUGUCGGCAUGGUUACCGGUGAGGACGGACAUUCUACAGUCACGGAUGCUGCGGAAGGGGUCAUUGGUGCCUUGCAGGGCUCCGAUGAUCUCGUUAUUGUCCCACGGGACUAUGAAGAUCCAUCCUUUGUUACUCAGGAAUCAAAUAAUUCGAGUGUUGUUCAUAUAAGUAUUAUCGACCAUGGCAGUGAUGUCAGAAAGUCUGGAAACUUUGCCGAGAGCAUGGAAAAACCUUCAGGUCCCGUCAAUGCACUCCACCACACAGGAAAAGUGAAGGCUGACCGAGGCCCAGAUGAUCUCCCGUAUAGCAUUCGAUCCCUUGAAGGUGUGUCGCUCGUUGCUAACAUGUCUGAUGAUUUCAUUAUUCAUGGAGAUCUUGCGAGCCACGCUUUUGGAGCGGAAGACCUUGGUGACUCGGCCAGUAAAGCUGUCAGUCGCGGCAAGUCUCGCCCUCAAACAAACCAAACGCGCACCUCGGAUGCCCAGCUCAGAGCCGAGGCCACCACGAUGGCGUUUGGUACAAGAUGGAUUGAGGAGGACUACACUGUUCCGACGGCCUCCGCGCCACUCACCACUGCCACUGAAUCUGCUCAGUCCGACAAACCGGCCACCGGAGAUCUGAUUGUAUUGACCGACUCUGGGGCUCCAACCGGCGCCAGCCUGUCGUCUGAAACGUCGCCAAACUCUGUUCAGUAUCGGCUUAGUGGGGGCGAUGAGCACACACGUGACAAAUGGGCAGAAGGAGGCUCCGGCUUCGUUUACGGCAGUGGUUAUGGCAACUGGCUUGGUAGCGUGAUGGGACAUCCUGAGUAUCUUAGUUUUAAGCCUUCCGGUGAAGACGAACUCGAGGCUGUGACGGUGUCUGUGUCCCGUGUGAGUUCAUCAGAAAGCGAUGUGGAGGACGCGUUAUUCUACCACGUGGGCUCAACAUACAGCGGCACGACAGAGUCACCAGUGUCCUCGCCGGAUCAUCAGCAUCCCCUUGACGGGUAUGUUGAUCAACACGCCGCAGUGAGCACGCUUCCAUCGGACAGUCCAGAACCUUCUCUUGUGGCUGCGGUCGCCAGUCCCCUCCCUGCAGAACCAGCCCCCUCCCCCCGGUUUAAAGCGCAGGCGUUCGUACCGGCCAACCCUGCUGACCCGUCGAACCACACACCGCUGGUCGCCGGCGACCGGCUGACGGCGCCGUCCUCUCGCCAGGACCGUCUGACGGCGCCACCCUCUCGCCAGGGACCAGCUGACGGCGCCGUCCUCUCGCCAGGACCGGUCGCCGAGAGCGCGCCGCCACCCUCCUCGGACCGUAACGGCUCGGCGCCGCUGGAGGGCGGCACGUUCGAACCGGACGAAUCACUUGGCCCGCCGCCGCCCUCCUACCGCCAGCACCUGGGCGUGGGCGCCACCAACGCGCCGUCCGUCUCCCUGGAGCUGGAGGUGUCGGCCAGCUCGAGAACGGAGUCGGUCGGCUCCGGUGACACGUCGGCCACCGAGAUGCUGGACGACAGUGCCGCGCUGGGAGUCCCUGGCGAGUGUCGUGCUGCCAGCCUCUGUGAUGUGUCUGCACCUGUGACUGUGAUCCGUGCUUGA